UUCAGUGUAUUGUCUAUUUUGCAGUCUUGCGAGAGUUAUGGAGAUGUGGCUUGGAAACUGUUUGUGACGCGAGAGGAAUUGUGGCAGUCUUGCGAGUAAUUCCUACGCUCCAAACGAGCACCGUUGCCUUGGAUGCUGGAGAUAAAGAUCCUUCCGGGAGAAUCAAUGAAUCAUGUCCCCCCCUUUGUCGACGAGGAAAGGAUUGUGCCGCACUGCACCUGGUCUAGCGUCUAGGCCACCGUGAGAGACGCAAAAGCCGUCCUUUGGCUGGCUGCAGCGGCAAUUAUUAUUUGUACGUUUCUCACCUACCGCACUGAGCUCACUCGAACUGAACUGAACUGAACUGGCCGCGCCGUGCCGUGCCGUGCCGAGUGAACACUGCCCCGGCUUUUCCUUGUCUUCUUGUUUCCAAUCCACCACCACUUCCGGUUCCAUUCGUCCCCGGCGGCGGCGGGGCCGGCCGUGGGAGCCGGCAAGAUGGCUCCUUGCGCCCUCACCGUCGACUCCCUCAACCCAAAGGUGCUGGCGCUCGUGAAUCACCUCGGCAACGCCAUUGCCCGCCGUGCCCAGUGCAUCCAGAAUGAGAUAGAAACAAAACCCGGGUCGCACCCUUUCGACGAGCUAAUCUAUUGCAACCUCAGCAAUCCACAGUCCAUGGGGCAGCAGCCAAACAAGUUUUUCCGAGAGGUUCUUGCCUUGUGUGAUUAUCCCCAUCUUCUAGAACGGAGUGAAACUAAUUCUUUAUUCAGCUCUGAUGCAAUAGCAAGGGCACAGAAGAUUCUAGACCUCUUUCCUUGGAGAGCAACAGGAGGGUAUAGUCACUGUCAGGGUACUGAAGGACUGCGUGAUGUAAUAGCUGCUGGAAUAACAUCUCGAGAUGGUUUCCCUUGCAAUGCAGAAGACAUUUUCCUGACAGAUGGAUCAGCUCCACCGAUUCACAUGAUGAUGCACCUACUGAUACGGGAUGAAAAAGAUGGUAUCCUUUGCCCAAUUCCAUCACAUUCUUUGUACACAAGUUCUAUGGUUCUCCAGGGCGCGACUCUUGUACCAUAUUACCUUGACGAAUCUAGAGGUUGGGGAGUGAGGAUUUCAGAUCUGAAGAAGCAGCUGGAUGGUGCCCGAUCAAAGGGUGUUAAUUUGAGGGGACUUGUGGUGAUAAAUCCAGGCAACCCUACUGGACAUGUUCUUGUGGAGGAUAAUCAGCGUGAAAUUAUAGAAUUCUGUAGGAAGGAAGGCCUUGUUCUUCUAGCAGAUGAGGUUUACCAAGAAAACAUUUACAUAGCUGAUAGGAAAUUUAAAUCUUUCAAGAAGAUAGCACGGUCCAUGGAGUUUGGCGAAGGAGACAUAUCUUUAGUAUCCUUUCAUUCGGUUUCUAAUGGGUAUUAUGGUGAAUGUGGGAGAAGGGGAGGUUAUAUGGAAGUCACCGGCUUUAAUUCUGAAGUAAAGAAACAAAUAUACAAAGUUGCAUCCCUUAGUUCAUGCUCUAAUAUCUCCGGUCAGAUCCUCAUGAGCCUAGUAAUGAACCCACCAACGGUUGAGGAUGAGUCAUACACCUCUUAUCAGGCAGAAAGAAAUGGAAUACUAUCAACUUUUUCUCGGUGUGCUGAGGCCAUGGUGUGCGCACUGAACCGCCUGGAAGGAGUGACUUGCUGCAAAGCUGAAGGAGCAAUGUUUGUGUUCCCUUCUGUGCGCCUGCCAAAAAGGGCAAUUGCAGCUGCUGAGGAACAGAACACAGGACCAGAUGUAUUCUAUGCCCUACGUCUUCUUGAAAAUACCGGGAUUGUUGUUGUGCCAGGUUCAGUUUUUGGACAAGUACCUGGUACAUGGCAUUUCAGAUGCACAAUCCUGCCAAAAGAAGAGAAAAUACCACUGUUCAUCUCCCGCUUUAUGGCUUUUCAUGAAAGGUUCAUGGAAGAAUAUCACGACUAACAGUUGCCAGCACUUAUUCCUAUGUACAACUUAAUAUUUUGGAUUAAACCUGGAUCUUUGUAACAAGUACAUGAUUCCUGUCUGAAACUACUACAGUUUUUCAUGCUCAA